AUGGAGAACCUCUUGGAUGAUCUGUUGGAUUUGGAGGAGCAAUUCUACAAUGAAGGAUUCGAGCUCGGUGCCAAAGAUGGAGCAGAAACCGGAUAUACCGAAGGAAGCGUCUUUGCCGUCGAGAAGGGCUUCGAGAAGUUUGUCGAGAUGGGCCGAUUGUACGGCAGAGCGUUAGUCUGGGCACAAAGACUCGAUUCCAAAUCGAACAAUGCACCAGCGCAAUCUACUACAGAAGAAAUCUCGCUUGAUCCAUCCAUCUGCGAGGAUAUGCCGAGUCUCCCGCCUCACAGCACGCGCCUCGUCAGGAACCUUCACACUCUACUUGAGCUCGUGGACCCAGCUACGUUGGACAUGAGCAAUACCGAAGAAGCUGUCAACGAUGUGGAUGAGCGGCUCAAGGGGGCUGCUACGAAGGCAAAACUCAUUCAGCGUGCCAUGGGCGAGCGUGAGGAACCCAGCGCCCAGGUUGAGCCUAAGGACAUGACCCCGUCUGGUGACGGCAGUGGCAGCAUUGAGGACAUCAGCUCCCUUAACAUUCGUCACUGA